CACGACUGUUCGAUAGACUACUGGUGAAUCGUGAAUCGUGCGGGCGUCUAACCGAAACCGGGAUGACGUAUUCAGCGAUCCAGCCGAAUGUUUACUACCUUCACACCAACAACUUCAAGCAACAUGCCACAGACAGACUCACAAGGAAAUGUCAAUCUCUCGCCGGCCUCGGAGAUCAUUAGUGCACUACAGAUUAUCCUUCGUUCACAAGCAAUGAUUCCAGACAUCGAAACCCCAUACUCCAGAGCCACUUUCCCCCAAUCCAAACCACUGCGCAAUGGAGCUUAAAGACCAUAGCAUCAGAGCUAUUAUCACCGACCGCCAGCAGCAGCUAGAUGCAACUUUGCACAACAUCUCAAGUCUGGAAACAGUCAUCGACAAAAUCAACCAUCUUCACCGACAAAUGACCAAACAGAAGAAAAAGAUUAUCUCGUCCAUCACGUUGCACAAGAGACUUGUAUCACCUCUUUGGCGCAUGCCAACUGAAGUCUUAUCCCACAUUUUCGUUCACUGUCUCCCAGAAGACAAGUACUUGUCGCCUGCAUCAAAGCUGACCCUCGUCCUCCUGACCAGAAUAUGUCGACGAUGGAGGGAGGUUGCUGUGGGCACGCCCAGUUUGUGGUGCAGGCUAAAAGUACCAUUCGUCCUCAGAACACUGCUGGAACUUCCCUUUUGCCUUGACUUAUGGCUCAAGCGAUCACGAGGAUGUCUGCUCUCGUUACAGCUCACCUGCUGCACCCUUUCGGGUUGGCAAUCGACCGAGCUGCGAAGCCUCCUCCAGCCUUACACAAAUCAAAUAUCGUCAUUCUCUAUCCGUUGUCGCCUGGGUCCUAACCAACUUGACCCCUUGUUAAAAGACCUCCCAGCUCUUCAGGAAUUAAUCAUCAUUGAUGGCUCGGUUACUGAACAAUGUUUCUCGCGAUUGCCGCCCACUUUGAGCAAUUUCAAGUUUAGUGGGUUACGAUUCGAGCUCGACCCCUUGCUUUCUUACAAGUCUGUAUGGGCCAACCUGACAAAUGUCGAGAUCCCCAUACAUCGCCCGGACGCAGUCCUCGACUUACUGCAGCUAUGUUUCAACCUCUGCUCGUUAGCGAUCCAUGUAAGAUCCAAUGGAAUUGGAAUCUUCGAGCCACUCGUGCACAUCAAAAUCCAAUCAUUACGCAUCAUCGUUGAAUCAUCCUCAUACAUCCAUAUUGAUCACUCUACCUCAGACCCUUUACCUGGCCUACUCAAUGCUCUUGCACUCCCGAAGUUACGCACGCUUGAAGUUCACUGUGUAUCAUGGCCUCAUAAAGAGUUCAAGUCAUUCCUGACACGGUCAAAUUGUCCCCUGGAGACUGUGAUUUUGGGCGCAGAAGUGAAGAUGAGACGUAAGCAGCGAGCAGAGUGCGAUGCCCUUGUUCCUUCUCUUGAGGUUUUAGUAUCAGAAUCUGAAGAGUCUUGAUCAAAAUUCUUUACACAAGAUUUGGUUCUUGUUACCCGCUGUUUCAAUAUGAUCUCGAUUUUCGUUAGGUAUCUUUCUUCGUACCUUUAUGCAGGUAUGGUAUUGUACUAUACUUCACAUCACGACAACACCAUUCUCUACAGACAAUCAUCUAGCAGCUACUUGACAGUUGCGUUUAGCCUCGUGUUUUGAACAAUAC